AUGGCUGGGCGCGUUGUCUACUUGCUGGUGUCUGCCAUGUUGGUAGCUGUGGCGAAUGCCAGUGUUAUCAAACGGGGCACGGUGGCCCCACCUGAGGAGCGAGACGUCCGCAUCGUGGACGGCAACCAGGCGGGGGUCGGCCAGUUCCCGCACCAGGCUUCAGUCAUCGCCGACGGCACGUCUGUGUGUGCGGGCUCGCUUGUCACCAGCGCUGCUGUGCUCACCACGGCGCACUGCACGGAGGGGAGAAAGACGUGGUCCAUCCGCCUGGGAGGCAUUCAUCCGACGGCGGCCGAGACCACGGCCUGGAUCGUGGAAUCUAGUUCGGCCGCAGUGCACCCGUAG